UACGUGCAGAGUCAGCAACAUAAAUAGGACAGCUCAUGUGAUCCCUUCAAAAUCUUCUUUUCCUUGAUGAUAUCAUCAAUCUCAACACUCCUUUCUCCUCACUUUCAUACUCUUCUUCUCCUUCUUCCUAAACCCAUUUCUCUUUCUCUCUCUUAAAUUUUCUGCAGAUUUACUUCCACAACUUAUCAUCUGCUCGAUCUCAGCUAUCAGCAAUGGCUCCUGAAAAGACCACUGUGAUGUUCCUGAGUGUUGAUCUCAAGUGCUCCAGCUGCUACAAGAAGGUCAAAAAAGUCAUUUGCAAAAUUCCUCAAAUCAGAGACCAAAUAUACAAUGAGGAGGAAAAUAAGGUGAGGAUCACAGUGGUUUGCUGUAGCCCUGAGAAGAUCCGUGACAAAUUGUGCUAUAAGGGAGGUGGUGUGAUUAAGAGUAUUGAGAUUGUUGAUCCUCCCAAGCCACCCAAACCUGCUGAAAAGCCCAAAGAAGCUCCAAAGGCUGAUAAGCCCAAAGAAGCUCCCAAGGCCGAUAAGCCCAAAGACGCUCCCAAGGCCGAUAAGCCCAAAGACGCUCCCAAGGCUGAUAAGCCCAAAGAAGCUCCCAAGGCCGAUAAGCCCAAGGACGCUCCCAAGCCCGAAGCCGAUAAGCCCAAGGAUGCCAAGAAGUCCGAAAAGCCCAAAGAUGCCGAUAAGCCGAAAGAGGCUCCCAAAGAAAAGCCCAAAGGUCCUCCGGCACCGGAGGGGGUACCGGUGCCUAUGAAGCAACCGGAGCCAAUAUCAAAUGUACCGGCUCCGGGGCAAGUGACGAUGAUGUCAGUUACUCACGGAUUUCCACCACCGAUGUACUGUUACGAGCCAAGUUAUGAAUGGUAUGGAACACCGGUUGCACCACCUCCACCACUGCCACCACCGCGGCCGUGCUACGACAGUUAUCCAAAUUGGUGUCGUUGUGGACAGGCUAGAGGCUAUUAUGGGGGGUGCAGAUGCGAUAACACAUACUUUAGUGAAGAAAAUGAAUCUGGGUGCACAAUCAUGUAACAAUAAUAAUAAGACUUAAAGGUCAUGAUCAUUGGGUUUAAGUGCCCUACUUUUUGUUCCUUUCUCAAGUCCGGCCAAACACAUAAGUGUCUUUAUUAUAUUAUCUUUUUUCAUAAAAAUAAGGUUAGUGGCCAGGUUGUUGCCUGAGUCGUAUACUCGUAUUGCAUAUAUUGUAUAUUUAAAUUGGUUUCAAUUCUUUGUUAAACUAAUAAAAGCCUACAUUAAUCAUUGA